AUGUUUCUCACACUACUCCAACUCCUUCUCUUCUCGCUGCCGCUGACGACCGGCAACGCACCGAGUCCGCAGGCAUUUCCAGACUACGUGCUUGUUGCUACGGCACGAAACAUUACCAUCAACUGUCAAACCAGAUAUUCCGUGGUGUUCAAUGGCACGAGCCCCGGUCCACCAUUGUUCCUCAGGGAGAAUUACACAACAUGGGUGAGAGUCUACAACAGGAUCGAUCAUGAGAAUCUUACUGUGCAUUGGCAUGGCUUGUCACAGAGGUCCUCGCCGUUUUCAGACGGGACGCCUGCGGUCUCGCAAUGGCCGAUCGCCCCGACCGAGUUCUUCGACUACUCUAUCACACCGCAGCUCGGGGAUGCCGGCUCUUACUUCUACCAUUCUCACGUAGGAUUUCAGUCCAAUACGGCCCAAGGUGUUGUUAUCGUCGAGGAGGCGCAAAACAGGACCCCACCGUAUAGGUACGACGAGGAUCUGCCACUGUUCAUUCAGGACUAUUUUCCCAAGAACGACUCAGCGAUAGAGCAGGGCCUUGUUGCCAAUCCCUUUCGAUGGUCUGGUGAAGCGGAGGCGAUCUCCAUCAAUAGCUUCAGCGGUAAUUCUUCAUUCAGCAACGCUUCGGAGGCGUCGUGCACUCCCCAUGUCAUCAAUUUCGUCCCUGGGCGGGUGUAUCGACUUCGUUUCAUCAGCGCCACGGCGCUCUCACUGGUGACCAUUGGUAUUGAAAACCAUCCGAACUUGACCAUUAUUGAGGCGGACGGUGCAUACACCAAGCCGUGGAGCACAGAUCAUGUUCAGCUCGGCAGCGGGCAGCGCUUUAGUAUCCUCCUUCAGGCAAAGACGAGAUCGGAGCUCGCAGCAGCGGGCAACAAAACAGACUUUUGGAUCCGAUACGAAAAUCGAGAGAGACCGAACAAUGUUUCUGGAUACGCUUUGUUACGUUAUGACAUGACCAACCGCUCCACGAACCUUCCGCCUCAUCUGCCUACAACGCCACCGAUAACCCUACCUCGCAACGUGACUGACUGGGCCGAGUACGCUCUCGAGGCGCUGAAGCCAGCUGAGAAAUUCCCCAGGCUAUCAGAAGUGACACGAACCGUCUAUAUUACAAUGCAGCAGGUCAUUCGCGUUGGUUCCUUCGUGAACGGGACAACGAACGGGACACUACAGUGGGCUCAGAACAACCUAAUCUGGCAGACCGUCCAACGCGAAUCGAACAACAGCGCCCCCUACCUUGUUCAGCUCUACACCACCGGACAAACUCCAAAUUAUACCGCUGCGCUGCAAAAUGGCGGGUGGGACCCAUAUAGCAACGCCUUCCCUGCUCUACCAGGCGAGGUGCUCGAUAUCGUGUGGCUAAGUAACUCCGGGCCGACCGGCGGCUGGGAUUUCCACCCCAUGCAUGCUCACGGGAAGCAUUAUUUCGAUCUGGGUUCUGGAAACGGCACCUACAAUGCAACGGCCAACGAAGUACGCUUCGGAAACUACACACCAGCCCCCCGCGACACGACCAUUCUGUACAGAUACGCCACGUCGGGCCAGAAGAACUACACGGCAGGCUGGCGGGCGUGGCGGAUCCGCGUCACAGAGGAUGAUGUCGGCGCGUGGAUGAUGCACUGUCACAUCCUCCAACAUAUGAUCAUGGGCAUGCAGACGGUCUGGGUCUUCGGGAACAGCAGCUCGAUUUUGAGCAAGUUCCCCACGCAACCGUAUGUGAAUGGGUACCUGAACUACGGGGGAGACGCGUACGGAAACGAUUCGUACGAUCCUCUGGUGGACGCAUUCCCGACCAGCACCGCCGGAUCCAGGUGA